AUGACUGUCCACGGUUCCUGCCUCUGCGAAAGCGUAAAGUACGAGAUCGAGGGCGACCCUUUCCGAUUCAAUGUCUGCUAUUGUUCCAAUUGUGCGAAGGUCACUGGGGCAGCGGCUGGCAAUACGCUCACAUUCAAAGAGGAGCAAGUCACUUACUCCGAGAAUCCCGCUGGGAUCAUUUCUACGUACGAAGAUACCAAGCUCGAGAGCGGAAACACUCUCUUCCGACAAUUCUGUAGCAAAUGCGGUUCAACGCUGUUUAUCACGGCAAAGAAUUAUGCUGGCGUUAUCAUGGUGCCAUACGGAGGGGUAGACGACGCACCGGACAGGUGGAAACCGACGCAUGAAGUGUGGUGUAGGAACAAGAAGGAGUGGUUGCAACAACCAAUCCCUGAACAGUCCUAUUGA